CGCCGAGGCUCCUCCCUGUCCGGGUGACAUCAGCCGCCGCUCGGCUUCUUUCCUCCAGGAGACUCGCUGGAUCCACAUCAGCUCCGCCGGAGAGCUCGACGCCCGGAGCCCCGCCAGAGCUUCUCUUCAUGGGACAAAAGCAGCGCGGUUCUCCGCCAGAGAUGAUGGGAAGUUGUUGACAUUCGACGUCGCCGCUCACUAAAAGGACGUAACAGCAGCCUGAUACAAUCCAACAUGGCGGCCCACCGGAUCAGAGCCACCACCAACAACAACACGUCGCUGCCUCGCUGCAAGUCAGAGGGGACGCUGAUCGACCUCAGCGAAGGCGUUUCAGAAGCCAGUCUGACCGACGUCAAAGUGCCUUCUCCCAGUGCCUUACGGCUGGAUGCAACCGCCUCCUUCGGCGCUGCCAGGGAGGUCGUUGCCAUUAAGGACUACUGCCCAUCCAGCUUCACCACCCUGAAGUUCUCCAAAGGGGACCGCCUCUACGUUCUGGACUCAUCAGGAGGAGAGUGGUGGUACGCCCACAACAACACGGAGAUGGGUUACAUCCCUGCAGCUUACGUCGAGCCCAUCAACUACAGAGACUCGUCCUUCAGUGACAGCGGGAUGAUCGACACUGUGGGAGACAACGAGGAGGCAGCCAAAGAAAUGGACCUUCUAGGAGAGUGGGCAGGAGUCAUUCUGAAACCAACCACCUUCCAAAAUGGAAAUCCUUUUGCAACAAACCAUACCUCUACAAACCCUUUCCUGAAUGGGGGUCCUCAGAGCUCGCUCGAUCAGAACAGUAAUGAGAAAUCAGUCGACCUCCUCCUGUUUGAUACGCUCACUCCAUCGGUGCCCAACUCCACCAGCAGCACUGCCGACAUCAACGGUUUCGGCAGUGGCGUUUUUAACUUUAACCCUCUCAGUCCCACUGUGGGAGUGGGACAAACAUUGCGCAGGGACAACCCGUUUUUUAGAAGCAAGCGUUCCUACAGUCUGUCAGAGCUGUCCAUUCUACAGGCUCAAUCCGACGCCCCUCAGACCUCCACCGGUUUCUUCGGAGGCCUCAAAGCGCCGGCGCCCGAGCAGUUCCAGAGCCGGGAGGAUUUCCGGACAGCGUGGCUCACCCACCGCAAAUUGGCCAGGUCUUGCCACGAUUUGGAUUCACUGGGCCAGAACCCAGGCUGGGGCCAAACGCAGCCAGUGGAGACCAACAUCGUGUGUCGGCUGGACAGCUCAGGAGGCGCCGUCCAGCUUCCCGACACCAACAUCAGCAUCCACAUACCCGAAGGCCACGUGGCUCCAGGGGACACCCAGCAGAUCUCGAUUAAAGCUCUACUCGACCCGCCGCUGGAGCUCAACAAUGACCGCUGCACCACCGUCAGCCCCGUGGUGGAGAUCAAACUCAGCAACAUGGAAACCAAAACCACCGUCACCCUGGAGAUGAAGGUGUCUGUAGUGGUUAAAAUGGAGAACAGGCAAACAACUGAAGUGUUGUGUGUUCGCAGUGACUGUAAAGAGGGACCUUAUACUCCGGUUCCUCAGGCAUACUUGUAUGGGGACACGGUUCAGGUGUGCCUGGAUAACCUCGAACCCUGUAUGUAUGUGUGCGUCGUGGCUCAGGCCCAGUCCAUAGCACCGGACUCCACCGUUUGGGAGCAAGUGGUUAAAAAGAUCACCUUAGGAGUGUAUGGACCCAAACACAUCCACCCGUCCUUCAAGACAGUCGUGGCGAUGUUUGGCCACGAUUGUGCCCCAAAGACCCUGCUGGUGAGUGAAGUCGGCAAACAGGCGCAGUCUGCACCACCAGUUGCCCUGCAGCUUUGGGGCAAACACCAGUUUGUCCUGUCCAGGCCGCAGGACCUCAGAGUUGGAGUUUAUUCCAACAUGGCCAACUACGAGGUGAAGGCCAGUGAGCAGGCCAGAGUGGUUCGAGGCUUCCAGGUCAAACUAGGCAAAGUCAGCAGGCUCGUCUAUGUCAUCGCCUCACGCAACGCCGAAGAUGUUUCUGAUUUCACCCUAAGAAUCCAGGUCAAAGAUGACCAAGAAUGUAUACUCGCUCAGUUUUGUGUCCAGACACCAACGCCACCACCCAAAGCAGGCCCAAAGACAUCGGUGCAACGACGAUUCCUAAAGAAGAAGGAAGUUGGCAAGAUCGUCUUGUCUCCUCUCGCCAUCGCCACAAAGUACCCCGUUUUCCAGGACCGGAGAAUAAACAACCUGAAGUUUGGAAAGUUAAUCAAAACCGUCAUCCGACAAACAAAAAAUCAGUACUUACUCGAGUACAAAAAAGGAGACUUUGUAGCCCUGCUGAGCGAGGAGAAGAUCAAGCUGAAGGGUCAGUUGUGGACAAAGGAAUGGUACAUUGGAUAUUAUCAGGGCAAGAUGGGACUCGUUCACGCCAAGAACGUGCUCGUGGUCGGCAAAGUGAAGCCCAUUUACUUCAGUGGACCGGACCUCACGACUUCACUGCUGCUGGAGCAGAUACUGAAGCCCUGCAAGUUCCUCACGUACAUCUACGCCUCCGUAAGAACUAUACUGAUGGAGAACAUUGGCAACUGGCGAGCGUUUGCCGAUGCUCUCGGAUACAUCAACCUGCCCUUGACACACUUCUGCCGGGCGGAGCUGGACAGCGAACCUGAGAGGGUUGCGUCGGUGCUGGAGUGUCUGAAGGAGGACUGCAACAAUGCGGAGAGCAAAGAGAGAAAGUCCUUCCAGAAAGAACUCCUCACGGCUCUGCUGAAGAUGGACUGUCAGGGUCUGGUGGCCAGGCUGGUCAUGGAUUUCGUCCUCCUGACCACGGCGGUGGAGGUGGCCGGACGGUGGAGGGAGCUGGCCGAGAGGCUUGUCAAGGUUUCACGCCAGCAGAUGGACGCUUACGAGGCGCCGCAUCGCGACAAGAACGGAGUGGUGGACAGCGAGGCCAUGUGGAAGCCGGCGUACGACUUCCUGGUCACGUGGGCGGCUCAGAUCGGCGACAGCUACCGGGACGUGAUCCAGGAGCUGCACAUGGGGCUGGACAAGAUGAAGAGCCCCAUCACCAAACGCUGGAAGCACCUGACCGGGACGCUCAUCCUGGUCAACUGCCUGGACGCCCUGCGGAGCUCCGCCUUCAGCCCCGCCGCUCAGGACGACUACGCCAUCUGAAGCCCUUCACCAGCUCUAAAGAACGGUUUGAAAUGCUGCAUUGGCCGUCUGCUCACUCCAAACGCCACCGCCGCUGUCGUUUGUUGUCGUGUUGUUCCCACGGCGUCGCCUUCAGCUCUUCCCGCCCAGAGGAACUCCAACCGGACUCCACCCAACAACACAGUGCUGUAUGGAGCUCGCAGUAUUCACACAGACUCUUUUAUUAGCUCCCGUCUUGCACAGUUAUGUAUUUUUGUACUCUUAUUAUGGCACAGCAUUUUUGUAAAGCAACACUUUGAACCCUUUGGUUAUGAACUGUGGAUUGAACGCCAAGAAAGACACUUUUUUUUCCAAGAAGAGACACUUUUAGAUAUCGUAUCCUUGUUACCGUAGCCUCGUCACACGUGUCAAAUCUGUUCUAUUUAUUAAUACGUCAAAGAGAAACGCCACCUCCUCGUCUCUCUCUUCAGGUUCUCUCUCCCUGUGGUCCUGCUCAUUUCAGAGAUCCAAAUAUUUUGGUGUCAGUCUGUAUUUUCUAAGACGAAAACAGAAUAAUUUAUUACUCUUGAACACCAAGUUUUAAUCAAACUCCCCCUUAGUGCUGAAACUCAUUUUAUUAACAAGCAGAUUUAUUCAUUUUAAAUUGAUUCUUUAGUGAGAAUCUGUUGCUUUUUUCUGUUUCCUGUCACCAUAAAUUGGUUGUCUUUGGUUGGACGAAACAAGAAGUCUGAAGGUGUCAUUUGAAAAUUUCAAUGAACAUUUUUCACUGAAGACGCAACUCAACUCCAAGUCCUCUUACUUUGUUCUGGGGUUUUCUACCACAUCCUGAGAGAUGGUGUUAAACUCCUGGGUUCAAACAUUCGAGGCUGAAGGAUCAAUAAGCUCUGGUGUUAUUGGUUCUGCUGUCGGUGCUGCAGAAAUGAAGAAAAUAGAUUUUAAAUUCUAGAUCGUGAUUCUUAUCAAGGACAAUUUUAACUAAUCGAUAUUUGCACAAACUUAAUCCUGAUUCUUGUCUACUGUCAGUUACUGGAGUUGGAAGUUUUAAUAUUUUCUUAAUUUAUGUAGCUUUAUAUAUAUA